AUGGAGGUGGCCGAGACGCCGGCGGCGGAGGAGGAAUCUCUGGGCGAUUUUGUGCAGAAACUACAGCUCGUGUUUGAUGCGGUGGCCGAGGAACCGGGCGGCUUCCUGCCGGUGCAACGCUUCAUUCAGAUGGGGCUGCGCUUCGUGGAGGGAGACGAGCUGCAGAGAAUGGCUGAACUGCUUGAUCCCCACAACUUGGGUCUCAUCACCUUCCAUGAAUUCUGCAGAGGAAUCUUUGCCAUAAAAGGGUGUGGUGACCUGUUGGACAAGGGUGAGCGUGCAGAGAGUUCGGCUGUCGCUCAUUACCACACACAGGAUGGAGAUUAUGCAUACCACCAGGCAGCUGCUGGGGGGUCCAUGGGCUACCAUAGGGGGCUCAGUGGAUGCAAUCACUAUCCCAGUGAUCUCAUCCUGACCAUCGACCGUCAAAAUGAGCACCCCGAAUCUGACAUGGACGGCUCCUUCAAGAGAAUCCGGACCUCAGGCAUGCGGAGCAGCAGGGGCGAGGGGAAAGAUGGCCUCUCCAUACAGAGCCCACAACGGAGCAGCCAUUGCGUGGAGAGUGGACACGUGUCACCUGCGGUGAGCUCCCUGCACAGUGGCGAAGAACAGUUUGAGGAUUACGGGGAGGGGGAUGUCUCCCCAGGCAGCCCAUCUGCUGACGAGGAGGGACGGACACAUGCCUGCUCUGAUCUAGGGUCAUCCCUCUGCUCCAGUGCCGGACAGACCCCGCGGAGAGGGGGAGCCGUUUCUCCCAGGGCGGGUCUCGAGGUGUUCUGUGCUCAGUGUAGCCGCCGCAUUGAUCUGCUCAGUGACCUGGCGACCCGGCUCCGCAAGCUCAAGGCUGAAGGCUCCAGCAGGAAGUUGUCGUCUACAGCAUUUGGAAGACAACUCUUCCACACCAGUAACUACAAUAGCAACAGCUCUGAGGACUUGUUCCGGGACACCAUCGACCCCUGUGAAGACGACAUCGCCCAGAAGGUGUGUUACUUGGAGAGGAAGGUUUCGGAGCUGGAGAAUGAACGAAUCAUUAAGGGCGACCAGAAGAGUAAACUGAAACAGGAGAAUGUUCACCUGGUCCACAGGGUACAUGCAAUGGAGGAGCAGCUACGGGAGCAGGAGAGCCGAGCGCAAGAGGAGCUACAGCAGGAACUGCGACGACAGCGACAGCUGCUCAGCCGACUCGAGCGUCAGAAGGAGGAGGAGAUCCUCACCCUCAACUCCAGGGCCCAGCAGCUAGAGGAGGAGUCACAGCAGCUGAGACAGACAGCCACCCGGCUGAAGACCCAGACCCAACGGCUUGACCAGGAGCACCAGCGGAUCUCGUACAAGCUGGAGGAGACGAGCCUGCGCCUGCGGGACGAGGUGGAUCUGUACCGCAGGAUGGUGGAGAGGAUGAGGCAAAACCGGCAGGAGUUCCAGAGAGAGCGCGAGGCUAUGCAGGAGCUGAUUGAAGACCUGCGCAGGGAGCUGGAACACCUUCACCUCUUUAAGCUGGACACUGAGAGGCCAGGCUGGGCUCAUGGUUCACCGUCCGCCCUCUACCGCCUUUCCCUCCGCUCCCGGGAGCUUGAGCUCGAACACGAGGUCCGCCGACUGAGGCAGGAGAACGCGAGGCUCCGGGAACAGAACGUGGAGCUAAAUGGGCAGGUCCUGGGCCUGAGUCUGAGCGAGGCGGCCGGCCUGUUCCAGAGCCCAGCGCAGAGCCUAGCCACGGAAAUCGACACCGCCAGCCGUGACCAGCUGAUGGAGGCGCUGAGGGACCGGGAGGAGAUUAACCUGCGACUGCGUCAGUACAUGGACCGAAUCAUCCUGGCAAUAAUUGACCACAACCCCUCAAUCCUUGAGAUCAAAAAGUAG